AUGUCUAAUGAAGUUCAAAUGAGAACAUCAAUUGAACAAACACAGUUUGAACUAAUACCAUUUGAACAACAACCAACUCCUAGACAGUGUACUUCAAGUAAACAAGAAGAAAUGUAUAAGAUAAUACAAGAAUUAUUGCAUUUUGGAUUAAUUCGUCCAUCUGAUUCUCCAUAUGCAGCACCAGCAUUACUGGUAGCUAAGCACGAUGGUACAUGGAGCAUGAUAGUAGAUUAUAAAAAAUUAAAUAAUAUUACUAUUAAGGAUAAUCAUCCAUUACCCAAUAUGGAGCAAGCAAUGCAAUUAUUAGGUGGUAGUCAUAAAUUUUUUUCCAAACUUUAUAUGAACAUUGUAUUUUGGCAAAUUCCAAUUAAAGAAGAAGACAAAUUUAAAAUUGCAUUUAUUACUCCAGAUGGUCUUUUCGAAUAG